UCGGUCUAUGAUAUUCUUCCGAGGUUCUGAAAAGGAAAGUCUUUUCUAUAUUCUUCAAUAUAAGCCAUUUGGAAAAAAGUAGGUUCCUGAUUCUCAUUCAAUAAUUUCAAUUUCAGUAGUUUUCAGAUCACUGUACAAAACCUUACUUUUAUCACCAUACCCCACUUAUCUUGGCAGUUGGCUCCUUUCAUAUUCAGGAUUAGUGAUAAAAGUAUUCAACUGUCAAAUUGCAGUGUAUUGAGGCUUAAGGUAUUCGGAGAGUGGUUUAGGUAUGGAAACCAUACAUCCAGCUUCAUUCGUGUCAAAUUCAAGUUGGUUGAUGCAGCAAAGGAAAAGCACGAUGUGGACAAGAGAAGAGAACAAGAAAUUUGAGCUCGCUAUUGUAAUCUAUGAUGAAAAAACUCCCUACAGAUGGCAUAAGGUGGCAUCCAUGAUCCCUGGUAAAUCAGUUAUUGAUGUGAUAAACCAGUACAGGAAACUGGUGGCAGAUAUUACUAAUAUUGAAGCUGGUUUGGUUCCGAUUCCAGGAUACUUGGCUGCUGCUUUCACAUUAAAAUUGGGAGAAAAUCGUGAUUUUGACGCUUUUAGGAAGAGAGGGAGGUCUUGCGAUCAAGAAAGAAAGAAAGGUGUACCAUGGACAGAGGAGGAACACAGGCGUUUUCUAUUGGGACUAGAAAGACACGGAAAAGGCGACUGGAGAAAUAUAUCGCGAAAUUUUGUGUUCUCCAAAACACCUACUCAAGUUGCAAGCCACGCUCAAAAAUACUUUCUAAGGCAGCUUACUGAAGGGAAAGAUAAGAGACGGCCAAGCAUCCAUGAUAUGACGACACCUCAUCUCACACGCACCACCACCAUGACUACUUGGUCAGAAUCUGUCGAUAAAAAACUUGACUCAACUGCCACUCCAAAAAAAUUACUCAACUGGAACAACAAAAAUGAUGGCGCUUUAACAAUAUUAGACUCGAUUGCAUAUCCACAAGAUAUUGCAAGAUUUCAUGGAAGAGCUGGGAGCAAUAUCUGUUCACUAUACUAUAGUUAAAUGCAUGCAAAUAGUGGAUUUGAAGUUAAGUGGCUAUGUCCUGUUGAAUUCGCUUUUGUGUUAAGUUAAUGUAUGCUAUAUGCUUAUUGCAAUCUUCUCUGAAUAAACACUGUUGAAUCAUUCUGUAUAACUCUACCUGUUUUGAGUUAAUGCAGCUGUGUCUAAAUUCCUUAUUAUUAUCACCAUUCUUUAGUCUGUUAACAGGGCAAGUGACCAAAGGUUCUUGAAUCAGAAACUUGAAUAAAGAGUUUAAGCCGUAUUCAUUUAAA